UCUCUAAUCAUGUAUUAUGUGCAUUAGUUAAGAGGAAAUGAAGAUCGUUAUUUAAGAAAUAUUGCCAAAUAAAUCUUUUUCAAAAAGUUAUAAUUUCUUAUAUUUUCAAAAGUAUUUUUUAAAUUAAAAAACAGUUUGCAGCAUCUUUUAUACACGGAAGAGAAGGAACACGUGAGAAAGUUAUGUUAAAAAUACAUAAUAUUUGAUUAUUUGAACGUGUUACAAAUUGUAUUAAGUAAAUCAUAAUAGUCGGUCAAUACAUCAUGGAGAAAAACAAAUUGAAUCGUAAGAAUUUAGUACCGACUAAAAUGUUAAACAAGAAAAGUAUUCCUUCAAAAAUAUUGUAUAAACAAAAGUACACUAAACCUCUGAAAAGGAAACGCAAAAAUGAAUAUGAUGCAAAGGAAGAGGCCAGGUUAGAAACAAUCGUGUUUGGUAAUCCAACUAACAUCAUAAACGAUUUAUCAAACGAUGAGGAUGUUGUUAAAUCGAAUAUUAAUGAAAAUAAUAUUUCUAUAAAUGAUAAUGUUAAUGUAAGUAAUGAUUUGAUUGUGCAAACUGAUAUUUCUGAAGAACAUACCGAGGCGGCAUGGAUUGAUGAAGAUGAUGUUCAACAUAAUCGACCAAUUCACAAACUAGCCGACAAUGUGCCACAAGAGUCACGUAAAGAUUACUUGUGUAACAGAUAUAAACAGAUUGUGGGCAACCCAAAAUGGGCUAAGAUUGAAAAGAUCAACGAAGAAAUUGAUGAUUUAGAUAAUGAAAUAUUAAAGCAUAGUUGCCAUUUGGAAAAACCUAAAGUAAAAAAUUUGCCAAAGAGUAUAAUUGACAUAAAAGCAUUGAAACCAAUUAAUAAAGAAACACAUACUGAAGGGCCCAUUGUGUCAAGUGUUGAAUUUCAUCCAUCUUCUACAGUAGCCUUGGUUGCUGGUACAUCUGGAAUUUUAUCUCUUUUUCAAGUAGAUGGAAUUGAAAAUAAUAAAUUGCACACAAUGCAGUAUAAGAAAUUUCCUAUUAGUACAGCAAAAUUUCUGAAAGAUGGUACAGAAGUAUUGAUUGGUUCUCAAUAUUAUGCACAUUGUCAUUCUUAUAACUUAAUAAGUGGAAAAACAUAUAGAAUGUUGUUACCGCACGGACUUACUAAUAUGCAGAAAUAUGAAGUAUCUCCAGAUGGAAAAUUAUUAGCAGUUUGUGGGCGAGCAGGAGAAAUUUUCUUAUUAACAAGUUCAUCAAAGGAACUUAUCAGUAUGUUGAAAAUGAAUGCAAGAUGUAGAGCAUUAGCCUUUACGCCAGAUAGUAAUACAUUGAUUACACAUGGUGACAGCAACGAAAUGUACAUUUGGGAUCUAAAUAGCCGUGUAUGCAUUCAUCGAGCUAUAGAUGAUGGAUGUUUAUCCUGUGCUUCUAUUGCAAUGUCUCCAAAUAGUCAAUUUUUAGCAACAGGUAGUAAAGAAGGUGUAGUUAAUUUGUAUGAUACCAAGGCAGUGUUACAAAAUCGAAAUCCUGUUCCACUAAAAGUUGUUCUCAAUUUUGUCACGUCAGUUACCAGUUUAAAAUUUAAUGCUUAUUCUGAAAUCUUGGCAAUGGCUUCAGAUAAAAAACAUAAUGCGUUUAGAAUGAUGCAUUUACCAUCGUUCACCGUUUUUUCAAAUUUUCCUACAUUUCAAACAAAUUUGUUAAUACCCGAAGCUAUCGAUUUUUCACCAGGUAGCGGUUAUAUAGCAAUUUCCAACAGAUCAUUUAGUGCUUUUUUAUACAGAUUGAAACACUAUGGAAAUUAUUAGAUAAUUGUCAUUUUGCAAAUCACGUCAUAUUAUUAAAAAGUUUUUUAUAACUAAGUUCGACCUAAGUUAAUAAUAUUUAUAAUUGAAUAAAAUAUAAUGUAUCAAAGCAUAUAAGAAUAAGACAGACAUUUAAUAAUUGAUGAAAACAAUAUUUAUUUUUUUUCUGUUCACUUUGUAUGUAAACAAAAUUAACCUUCAUGUUUUAGUUAACAAAAUACUUGUUAUGAUCGUCCUAUUAUAAUUAAUUAACAGCAUUAAUAGUGACAAUAAUAAUAAUAAUAAUGCUAUGAAUCAUGACGGUAAUAAUAUGGCUUACAAAAAACUGUAGUAAAUGAUAUUCGUUAUGAAUUUGAUUAGAAAAUCAUAUAUUAAAAAUAAUAGCUAUAUAAUACAUUUGAUACCGUGUUUCUUGUUUAGUGAUGUUUGUUAGACUUUUUGUGUCAUCACGGUUAUAAUUUGCAUACUAGGUAUAUAUAUGUAGAUAUACAUUAAUAUUUUUUCUGCUAUUUCAAGUGAAAAAAUGAUAUGAUACUAUUGUAACUACAUGAAACCCAUUAUGAUUGCGAGUUUAUACGAUCGACAACAUCGAUUUGAAGUGUAAAUAUGUGCGAGAGAUGAUAUAAAUGUAUGACUCGAUAUAUUCAUAAAAUAGAAGCUAGCCUUCAUUCUAAA